AUGUCAGACGUCGAGAUCAAUCUGAAAGCACUUCAAAAAAGACUCGUGCAUUUGCACUCCAGUCUCUCCACUUUUGAAGGUUCACCGUCUUCUUUAUUGUUCGUGGUUGGAUCUAGCGACGAGGAAGAUCCUUACAAGAAAAGCACGAUUUUGCACAACUGGCUUCUUGGUUAUGAGUUUCCGGCUACUUUGAUUGCCCUCGUUCCCGGAAAAGUUGUCUUCUUGACCGGUGCAGGUAAAGCCAAGCAUCUAACAGGAGCAGUUGACCUUUUCAAACAAUCGCCAGAUUUGGAAUUGGAAUUGUGGCAAAGAAAGGCCAAAGAUGACGAACACAACAACAAACUAUUUACGGACGUUGUACAACUAUUGAAAGAUGCUGGAAAGACGGUGGGUACUGCCGUUAACGACGAAUAUCAGGGCAAAUUCAUUGCCCAGUGGAAACCACAUUGGGACGAAGCAUUGUCAAAAGGAGACCUUGAGGCCAUUGAUAUCGCGCCUAGUCUUUCACGCGUGUGGGAAAAGAAAGACGAGCAAGAAAUCGCAUUCAUCAAGGUGUCAAGUAAAGGUAGUGAUCAGUUUAUGAACUUACUGUCGGAUGAAAUGGUUACCGCAGCGGACGAAGAGUUGAAAAUUACUAACGCCAAACUAUCGGACAAAAUUGAAGCCAAGAUUGACGACGCGAAGUUCUUAAAAAAAUUGUCUGGUGAACUGGCUCCAUUGUGUCCGCAGGAUGAAAAAUUUGACGUCAACCUUUUGGACUGGGCCUAUUCUCCAAUCAUUCAAUCGGGCAAAAAAUUUGACCUCAAAGUCUCCGCACGUUCAAGCAAUGACCAACUUCAUGGGAAUGGCUGCAUUCUCGCUUCUUGCGGUAUCCGCUACAAGAGCUAUUGCUCUAAUAUAACUAGAACAUUCUUGAUUGAUCCAACUGAUGAAAUGGCUGCAAAUUACGACUUUCUGUGCACCGUGCAGAACCAAAUCAUUACAUCAUUUCUCAAGGUCGGCCAAACCCCUCAACAGGUUUACGAGGCCACGGUUGAUUACGUGAAAACCCAAAAACCUCAUUUGGUAUCUGCUUUUACUAAGAAUGUUGGCUCUCUCAUUGGUUUGGAGUUUAGAGAUUCGCAGUUUGUCUUAAAUGCUAAAAAUGACAAAAGAGUAAUUUCAGGCGGCGACUGCUUCAACAUUUCUUUAGGUUUUAACAACUUGAAGGAUUCAGAAACUGGAAACAAUUAUGCUGUUCAAAUCGCGGAUACAGUUUUAUUGGGUGAAUCCGACGGUGCGGCAGCUGUGCUCACCAGCUACACCAAACUCAAGGCUCAGGUUUCAUUCUAUUUCAAUAACGAAGAGGAGGAGAAGCCUGCCAAGGUAAAGGAAGAAAAUGAUCUUGGUUCCCCUCCAAUUUCGAUUAAACAAGACGGCGGCUCCAAGAUCUUGAGAUCUAAAUUACGUGGUGAAGGCCGCGUUCAGGAAGAUGGUCAGAAGGAGCAGAUUCGUAAGGACAAUCAGAAAAAGCUCCAUGAGAAACUGCAGAAGAACGGUCUUUUAAGGUAUAGCGCAGCAGACGCUAAUGGGUCUGGCGAUCAACCAGAACUUCAGUUCAAGAAAUUUGAAUCCUACAUUAGAGACACCCAAAUUCCAAACAAUGUUCGGGACCUAAGAAUUCACGUUGAUUGGAAAAAUCAAACCAUAAUUUUGCCGAUCUAUGGUCGUCCUGUCCCUUUCCAUAUCAACUGUUAUAAAAACGGUUCCAAAAAUGAAGAAGGCGAAUACACAUAUCUCAGAUUGAACUUUCAUUCCCCGGGUAUUGGAGGGAUUUCAAAAAGGACCGAGGAGCUACCAUAUGAAGACUCUCCUGAUAAUCAGUUCGUGCGGUCUAUAAGUUUCCGAUCUAAAGACGGGGACCGCAUAAGUGAAGUCUUCAAACAGAUUGCAGAUUUGAAAAAGGAAGCCACCAAAAGAGACCAGGAAAGGAAACUCCUGGCUGAUGUCGUUGAGCAGGCCAAACUAGUGGAAAAUAAAUCCGGAAGAACCAAAAGAUUGGAUCAAAUUUUUGUCAGACCUAGUCCCGACGCGAAAAGAGUGCCAGGUACCGUCUUCAUCCAUGAUAAUGGUAUACGUUACCAGUCCCCUUUGCGCACUGAUAGUCGCAUCGACAUCCUAUUCUCCAACGUGAAGAAUCUAAUUUUUCAACCAUGCAAAGGUGAAUUGAUCGUCAUCAUUCAUGUUCACCUAAAAAACCCAAUUCUGUUAGGUAAGAAAAAGAUCCAGGAUGUCCAGUUCUACAGAGAGGCUUCUGACAUGGCUGUUGAUGAAACUGGUACCGGCAGACGUUCUAACAUGAAGUUCAGAAGGUAUGGAGACGAAGACGAACUGGAGCAAGAGCAAGAGGAGAGAAGAAAAAGGGCAGCUUUGGACAAAGAGUUCAGGUAUUUUGCGGAAGCUAUCGCUGAUGCGUCUGAUGGUUUGGUGGACCUUGAUACUACAUUCAGGGAGUUGGGUUUCCAAGGUGUGCCUAGUAGGUCUGCCGUGUUCUGUAUGCCUACCAGAGACUGUCUUGUUCAAUUGGUUGAGCCUCCUUUUCUCGUCGUAAAUUUAAGCGAAGUGGAGAUCUGUGUUUUUGAAAGAGUUCAGUUUGGUCUCAAAAACAUAGAUAUGGUCUUUGUCUACAAGGACUUUGCAAAACCCGUUACUCAUAUCAAUACUGUGGCCAUAGAAGAAAUCGAGUUAUUGAAGUCGUGGUUGACAGAUGUUGAUAUUCCUUACGCCGUGUCGACUAUCAACUUGAAAUGGUCGAGCAUCAUGAAAUCAAUGCAGGAGGAUCCCCAUCAAUUUUUCUUGGAAGGGGGCUGGUCUUUCUUGGUGGCCGGUUCUGAUGAUGAAAUGUCGGAUGAGAGCGAAGAGGAAAUCAGCGAAUACGAAGCUUCGGACGAUAAUCCUUCUGAUGAAAGUGCAGGUUCGGAGGAAGACAACUAUUCUGAAGACAUGAGUGAUGACGCUAGUGGUGCCAGUGGUGAUGAAAGUGAAGAAGAAGAAGAAGGCGAAGACUGGGAUGAGCUCGAAAAAAAGGCAGCAAGAGCUGAUCGCGAGAGCAGACAGAAUGAGUGA